AUGACGAGACGCAGCCCCGUUCAACGCCUGCCGCGACGGAUGACGAGGCGAAAUCGGUGUUCCGACUCGGUGCGAAGAUACCCCCAUUUUGGCCGGAAGAUGCUGCUUUAUGGUUUGCCCAAAUUGAAGGAGGACAUUCCGUUGGACGUGCUAGCAACGAUAGCAGACAGGGUGCACGAGGUCGUCGUUCCAGCAGUGCCAGCACCGCACGUCGCGGCUACCAGCAGCCGGACGACGUCACACACAACUAUGACGCAAGGUAGCAGUGAACUGGAAAGGCAAGUAGCAGCACUGACCCAGCAGGUAGCAACAUUGAUGGCAGAACGACACACCGGUCGCCGCAGCCGUUCUCGCAGCACCCAGAACUGGAGGUACCGCAACCGUUCUCGCUCUCGCUCACGCUCAGGCAAGCAGAAUCCUGAUCAUUGUUGGUACCAUAACUGCUUCGGAAACAACGCAAAGAAAUGCGAAGAUCCUUGUUCUUAUAGCAAGGGAAACUCCAACGGCAGUCGCUGA